AUGACGAAGGGAACGUCCAGCUUCGGCAAGCGCCACAACAAGACGCACACCAUCUGCCGACGAUGCGACAACUGGUCCGAGAAGGCGAAGCGCAGGAAGACCACCGGUACCGGCCGCAUGCGAUACCUCAAGACCGUUACCCGACGAUUCAGGAACAGCUUCCAGACCGGCGCCCCCGCCGAUGCCCGCGGCCCCUCGAAGGCUUGA